AUGAAAAUGGCGGCGAGUCAGGGAGGAGUGGGAGCUGUGACGGCUCUCCAAAGCCAGCACUACCCGAACGGACCUCACUGGAACCCGGGCGUUCUGCAACAUCAGCACCAGCUUCACACUGCCCGGAGCCUAGACCGUGCUCUGGAGGAUGCGGUUUGCUCGGGGAUGUUGAAUAUUAGUGGGAGGAAGCUUCGGGAUUACCCGGGACUCAACUACGACCUUACCGAUACUACACAAGCAGAUCUGUCGAGGAACCGUUUUGCAGAGAUUCCCGCGGAGGUGUGUAUGUUCGCCCCUCUGGAGUCUCUGAACCUCUAUCAUAACUGCAUCAAGAGCAUCCCAGAACCAAUCAUCAACCUACAAAUGCUCACCUAUCUCAACAUCAGUCGGAACCUUCUGUCCACUCUGCCUAAGUACCUGUUUAACCUGCCUCUUAAAGUCCUGGUGGUCGCCAACAACAAGCUGGUGUCUCUCCCUGAGGAGAUCGGAAAAGCCAAAGACCUGAUGGAGCUGGAUAUCAGCUGUAAUGAGAUCCAGGUGCUUCCUGCUCAGAUGGGGAAACUUGUCGCCUUAAGAGAGCUUAAUAUCAGGAGGAACUGCCUACAAGUGCUUCCCGAUGAACUGGCCGAUCUUCCCCUCAUUCGGCUGGAUUUCUCCUGUAAUAAGAUCACAGAGAUUCCACCAUCUUACAGGAAACUUUGUCACUUACAGCAUCUAAUUCUUGACAACAACCCUAUGCAGUCUCCCCCUGCUCAGAUCUGUUUGAAGGGGAAAGUGCACAUAUUUAAAUAUUUAAACAUGCAGGCAUGUCGCUUGGACAAAAAACCAGACUCUUUAGACCUGCCAACACUUGGCAAACGCUGCUUACCUCAACCACUGACUGACAGUAUGGAAGAUUUUUACCCCAAUAAGAACCAUGGACCUGAUUCAGGCAUCGGCAGUGACAACGGAGACAAGAGACUUUCUACCACAGAGCCGUCUGACGAUGACACCAUGAGUCUGCACUCUCAGGUGUCUGAGACAGUGCGUGAGCAGGGCCGGGCUGAGGCUCAUUCACUCCUGGCCAAACUGGACUGUGGUAAAGAUCAGGAUCCAUAUGAUUUUAUAGAUCCAAAUCCAGAGGAAGAAGCCACACUCUCUGAGGGAGAUGUUCCACACAGCGCCCCCUAUGUGUCAUGUAUAAAGGAACUGGAGAGGGUUUUGAACAAAUCUUACCAUAGCAAAGACAGCUGGAAGGAGGAAUCGGGCUCAGAGAAAGAGCAACUAGCAGAGGAAGAGGAAGAUGAACUGAAGGAGGUGUUGGACCUGAGGAAGAUUGCAGUGCAGUUGUUGCAGCAAGAGCAACAAAACAGGCGACGCUCCUUAAUCUGUAGAGCAGAGAGUCUUAUCCACCGCAGGAGAGUCGCAGGCCGAGCACACAGGUUUCUUAGUCACUCUGCAGGAAGCAGCAAACAGAGAUCCCCUUCACAGACAGUCCGCAGCAUGUCUUUAGAUGAAGGCAGUGCUUCUGCAUCAGCUCUCAGUGGACAGGAAGGAGAUCUCAUGGAUGAAGACACUGCAUUCUCAGAGCCCUCGUCCUCCUGCUCGUUCGACGGGAGUUUAAAGUCAGAGAGUAGUGACUCAGAACCCAAAUGGCCAGAGGUACCACCCGUUCUCAACCAGAACGAGGACCGGAGACGGAAUAAGUACCUUCGAAAAGACUACCUGAAGUACAAGUGUCAGAGUGCUAGAAGAAACUCCAGCAGCAACGACAACGAUAAUGAGGAAGGAAUGCGAUCUUCUGACUUCAGCACAGCUCUGACAGUGUUUGGUCUGAAGCCUAGAUCAGCAUUCUCCCGUGGCUGUCGUCAGGACUACAGCUCUACAGAUCCCAGUUUUACUAUGCGUAGGAAGAUGGAACAUCUAAGGGAGGAGAUGGAACAAAUACAUCUCUUACGCCAGAAUCUGGAGUCCCGGCUGAAAGUGCUGUUGCCUGAUGAUGUGGGUGCCGCUUUGAUGGAUGGCGUUGUUUUGUGCCACUUAGCCAAUCACAUUCGACCGCGGUCUGUGGCCAGCAUUCACGUGCCAUCCCCUGCAGUGCCAAAGCUGAGCAUGGCAAAAUGCCGCCGAAAUGUUGAGAACUUCCUGGACGCCUGUAAAAAGCUUGGAGUCCCACAGGACAAGUUAUGUUUACCACAUCAUAUUUUGGAAGAGCGAGGCUUGGUGAAGGUUGGAGUGACAGUUCAGGCUUUGCUGGACUUACCAACGUCCAAACCCACUCAGCUUUCUACCAUGUAGCACUGACACAUCUCCACAAGCCCUGUGCUGUCCUGCCUUACAUUUUAUCCCCCUCUCCUCAUCCUACAGAACUCUCAUCCUUACAACACACUAUGCGUUUGGGGGUGGG